AUGCCAAAGGUCGGUGUUGAGGCAAAACAACCUAACUCCGCUGUACGGAAAUGCGUGCGUGUACAGCUGUUGAAAAAUGGAAAGAAAAUAACAGCUUUUGUCCCCAACGAUGGCUGUCUCAACUUCAUUGAGGAGAACGAUGAGGUUUUGGUUUCUGGUUUCGGUCGUAAGGGUCAUGCCGUUGGUGAUAUCCCUGGUGUCCGAUUCAAAAUUGUUAAAGUUGCAGGUGUUUCAUUGAAAGCAUUGUAUACUCACAAGAAGGAAAGGCCUAGAGCCUAA